GAAAAUCAGUUGAGGAACUUCAAUCGUAACGGUGAGUUCCAUUGUUGGCUUGUUCCGUCAUUGUAGCGAAAACUUGCGCGUGUGGCUUAUCUGUGAGCAAAGUGGAAAAAAAUCGAACUGAAAGGGAUGGUGAAAUGAUAUUGAAAAAUCUAAAUUGCAAUUAAGUAGAAUUGAUAAUAAAUGCGCUUAUGAAACGAAAAGUAAUUUAUAAAAAAAAAAUUGCAAGAAUCAAAAAAUAAAACCACCUGCGCGCGUGUGUGUUAAAUUAUAAUUUAUAUGGAAAGAAGUUAGUAGAAAAUUAAGCGAAUUUCGUAUACGAAUACAAAUAUACAGUGCUUUGUUAGAGCACUGCACAAUACAUAUAAAGUUUACACACGCACACCUAAACAAGCUUGUCUUUUUACCUUGACGUCACGUCGCUUUUUUUAACCUGCCGCCACCGACGAGCGCGAUCCAAACCGAGCAUUCGUAAUAUUGCCGCUCAAACGAAACACGAAACAUAUCUUAGAUACGUGUAGAUAGUAGCGGCGCGCGACAACUCCGGCUCCCAAUGCGAAAGACGAAGUGCUUGGGGCAGUGGUGUGAUACCAAAAAGAUAUAUGUAUGUAUAGCCGGAGAUACGACUACCAGUUAAUGGCAAAAGCCAAAGCAAUUAAACGGCUCACACAUAUGUACAUACACACAUCGAAAAGUUUUACAUACUGGGGAUUGUGGUAUGCAUAACAAAGUGUAAAAAAAGUAAAUAUAUUUAUUUAUGUAUAUGUAUAAAUAAAAAAUACUCUUAAAAAUAAAAAAUAAAAAAAAUAUGCACAACUGGUCUGCAGAAAUAAAUGUCAACCUAAGAAUUGCCUCCGAAUAUAAUUGUAGUGUAAAAAUACUUAAGCCCAACACAAUACAGCUGCACAGAAACCCACGAGAAGGCAAAUAUUUACUAAAAAAAAGUAAAAUCUGACACCUACACUUGCAAAAAAAAAGCAUUACAUAUCUACAAAUUGUAAUAACGGAUAAUUCCAACAACGUGUGAAAGGAAAUAGUACAUAAAUACUACUCAAGAUGGUAUUCUACAUAUCGUUUUUUGGCAAAAACAUCGACCCGCCUGACAAAGUGGCCAACGAAAAAAGCAUGGCCUGCAUUCAAGAUGGAUUGGAACAAAUGAAAUUAGGCGCGGGCAAUCUCUCAUUCGCAACAGACAUCGACUUUCAGCAACGACCGCAAGCGAAUAACGUAAACAUCAACGUGACAGACAGUAGUUCCGACAAUACCUGCCAACAUCGAUGGACGCCCACACAUGGCUAUCGCGACAAGGGUAUCGGUGUGAUGACAAGUCUACUGGGUUGUAUGAAACCGAUACUCUCCUUUAUGACCAAGACUGGCGUUAUCGAGGUCAAAGAUCCAAAAGAUUACGCCUGGGAAAUACCAUUUGAAUGCAUCACUGGGCUGGAGUGGCUGGGAAGCGGUGCACAAGGAGCGGUUUUCAGUGGAAAACUGAAUAACGAAAUUGUUGCCGUGAAGAAGGUGAAAGAACUGAAGGAAACAGAUAUUAAGCAUUUAAGAAAGUUGGAUCAUCAGAAUAUUAUUAAGUUUAAGGGUGUUUGCACACAAUCGCCCGUCUAUUGUAUAAUUAUGGAGUUUUGCCCCUAUGGUCCACUACAAAACAUACUAAAGGAGGAGAAAGUGAUGUUGCCAUCUCGCCUGGUGUCGUGGUCGAAGCAAAUCGCGCUCGGCAUGCAAUAUCUGCACUCGCAUAAAAUCAUACAUCGUGACUUGAAGAGUCCCAACAUACUAAUCGGUCAACAAGAGAUAGUGAAGAUCAGCGAUUUUGGUACAAGCAAAGAAUGGAAUGAGAUCAGCACGAAAAUGAGUUUCGCCGGCACCGUGCCCUGGAUGGCACCUGAGGUGAUACGAAAUGAACCAUGCUCGGAGAAGGUCGACAUUUGGUCCUAUGGCAUUGUGCUCUGGGAGAUGUUAACAUGCGAGAUACCCUACAAGGAUGUUGACUCAUCCGCCAUUAUUUGGGGUGUGGGCAAUAAUUCAUUGAAACUACCGAUACCGUCCAGUUGCCCAGAGGGUUUCAAGUUAUUGGUUAAUUUAUGUUGGCACACUAAACCUCGCAAUCGUCCCUCCUUCGGGCAAAUAUUGUCCCAUUUGGAAAUUGCCGGUCCAGAGCUACUGCGUAAAAGCGACAAAGUCUACUUCGAGGCGCAGCAGUCGUGGAAGGAGGAAGUGCGUUCACAUCUCAAGGAAAUCACAAAGAAUGGCACUAGCAUACAUAAGUAUGAACAGGAUUUGAUUAGACGACGCACGGCCGAGUGGCAGCAUGCGCAAGAUAUACGACUGGUCUACGAAGAUAAGUUAGAGAAGACAAAUCGACUGUAUUUAGAAUUAAGUGAAUGCAUGACUCAGCUGCAGGAAAAGGAGAAAGAGAUAGCUAUGCGCGAAAAACAGCUACCAGGUUACAAGCCAACGCGUCGACUAGGCUGUACGUUGCGAAAGAUACAAAAUUACCGUAGACGGCUUAAUGCACCUUUGGUAACAUCAGGAAAUCCUCAACAACAACAACAACAGACGUCAACGACACCAGACCCCGAAACUACGCCAGAGAGUCCCCUUAAAGCUAUGCUGUACGCGCAGGUGAUAAGCUUGAAUCAGACAAAAUCAUAUUGCGUGCCCACACAGAAGCCGAAGAAGAGCAGACAUCGACGAGUUGGUUCGGGUAGCUUUGCAGCUGUGCCCAAGUAUAGUCCAAGUCGAGACCGACGCUACCAGAGCGAGCCAGAAAAUCGUAAGAACGUCAAAUUGGUGGAUACCGAAACUCAAACCGAUGCCAUGGAUAUUAGUGAGACAGACAUUAGCCCAAGUGCUUGCUGUGCAAUGCGCGAUAUCUCUAUGACGCUCGCAAACGACAGCGGGCUGCCAUCUUACGAAGUUCUAUAUGCAAUGGAUCGCAUAAAUCAACGCCAGUUGGCAGAGCCACAGAUCGCUAUGCCCCGACCACAGCAGCUAAUACACAAUGUAAAGGAGCAACAGCAACAAACCGAUGUGGUGCCAGUAGAAGAGGUGUCCGCGGCGGCGACGCCAACCAGUCUGAAUGGCAACUCCAUGACACCUUCAGAUGUGACUUUCCAAGAUGCAUGCUCUAGUCCCGAUCAACUGCUCGACGAUAUAAUCAACAGCAACGAAAGACUUGACAUACCCGAUUAUUGCAGUUCGAAUGAGCACCUCGAGCGUCUUGGCGAAAAGGUGAUAAAAUUUAUCAACGAGAAUCGACUGAGCAUACAAACUACAACAACGGGCCUAAGUAAUCAUGGUGAAGUGUCGGCUGCAACGCGCUUGCAAGCUGACAAUGGUAAUGAGCUGGCGGGCGAGAGUUUUGGCACGACCACGAAAGAUACGAUAAGGGAAGGCUCGAUGGAGCGCUCGACGCCGAGAACGAGCAGUGUACGACGAAAACAAAAGCCGCAGCAUAGCUCGGAGAAGAAGAUGCGCCCUGAGGAGCAAGCGCAAGCGCACCAUAAUGCAAAUGGUGAAUCGAAUGAAGAUCUCUUCGAUGAUAGUUGGUCAGAUGAGGAGGGCGAGGAUACUGACUAUCACUAUGGGCUACGAAGAAGGAGCAUUGGUCGUCUGCCAAUUGGCCGUGGCAUGCGUGCACGUCGUUGCUACAAAAUACCCAUCAUUCCGAAAAUUCCCAUCCACAAGCGAAAUGUGACUGUCGUCUCGGAUGAGGAAAAUACAUCGGAGUAUAGCCACUCACCAUCCAGCCAACAUUCAACACUCGAAAGUAAUCCUGAUGAAGUACUCAAACAAAUGAAAGCCACACAAAAGAGCGUCGCGACAACUGCUACAACAACAGACAGCGAAGAAGAGGUCUCGUCGAGCAGCAGCAGUGAGGACGGUGAGGAUGUGACAACGCUGCAUGAGCGUAGCAGUAGAUCGACAGCAGCAGGAGGAAGCACAGCAGCUGCAGCAGCGCAACGACAAAGGCGUGCGCAACGCCAACAGCAGCAACAACAACCACCACACAAAUACAUCACUGCAACAACAAAAUCACCCACAAAUGUUGCGGUUGCACCAGCAGGCAAUGCGUUGCCUUUUCUACCGAAGAGCAGUGAUGUAAUUUCCAUACCCACAUACGAAGCGGACGGUGCUGUGGAUAUGGUUUAGGCGCGAGUACUGUAACAGCAAAUACUAAGUAGGCUCAUGAACUUUGCCUUAAACAUAAGGCUGUAGUUCCAUAUGAAAACAACAACAAAAACAAUAAACGUGAAAUAGUACAUAAAACUAUAAGCAGAAAUUAUUAACGCAAACAAAUUUCGCUUUAGUUCAAGUGCGUAUGUAUCUCACAAAAUUUAAUGUUCUGUAUUGAUAAUUAAAUCUACCAGUUUAUUACUUAAGUAAUCGUUACGAAUAAGUGUACAACAACAAGUCAGGCAUCUUGUCAUAGUAAUUAGUCAUAUAUGAAGGCAUACAUACAUACAUACAACCUUAGAACAGAGGAUUACAUUUAAUUACAUUGUACUCAUUACUUACAUACAUUUAAAUGAUUAUUGUAUAUUAUUAGGUAAUAUUAUUUAGCAGGAAAAAGGAAAAAUUGUACACAUACACACACUAGUAGCUUAUGUUUAGAGAUACAUUACUAAAUAGACUUGGUUUUACAUUAGGCUUCCCAAAUAUGUUAAGCAUUUCCAAGUAGAUUUGGUUGCUAAUCUUCACCUGGGUGCAAAAAGAAAGUUGUAACCCAACUUUUGUUACUGCUGGUACAGUGCCUCCUUAAUAAACGUAACUACUAAAGAACCGCAGUUGUAUAUUUGUCAGAAAACCCAAAUACAAACAUUUCAAAAAGAUAAUCUGACAUAUUUAACAGCCCCGCAAAACAAAAAAAAAAUAUUGUCUGGUGAAUGAGGCUUUUUUUGUUUUUUUUUUUUGUAAAUUAAGCAUGCAGAAAACAGCACUCAGACUACUGUUUUCGUAUUUUAUUUUAAUCUAUUUUAAAUCUACGCGAUUUAUGAAUAAAUCGGAGCAGACUGUUGGGUGUUAAAGAGUUCAGGUGUCGUCUCUCAACAAAUCGCUGAUAAAAGCCGUAUGCCUAUUUCUUGUAAAGGCGGAGCAUGAAAAGCAUUCCGCUAUCUUAUCCUCUUCAAAGCUGAAAUGGCAAAUGGGGUUGUCAUGUAUGCCUAUCACAGUCAGGUCUUUAUGCAACGAGAAGUGACCAGUCAACAGUCCCACAAGUUAUCUGCAGUCCCGUCUGCGGUGCGAUCUGCCUGGGGUUACCUCUACUUUGCCUAAACUAUCCCGAAUAUUUGAAGCAUUCAGGCAGCGGAGGGGACAUGCUGAGUGGUAUGCUGAUAUGUAUGUUUCUUCAGCCCAACAGUGGGACAUUUUCGACUAAUUUUCUUCAAAAAUGGCUGGAACAGUAGAUUUUUUGCCGAAUUUAAUAACUUUUUUUUUAAUACUUAGAACCGGUUUUAGAAAACAUUGUCUAAGCCAAUUAAAAUAGGUUGGAACAUUACAAAAAAACAUCAAACUAAGAGUAUUAUAUGGCACACUUUAUCCAGAAAAAUGUAUAAGGUACGAGUUAAGGAUAGCAGCCGCCAUAUUGGAUCGGCCAAAUUUGAUCGGUCAUUUUGAAUUUCAUGAUUCUAUCAUCAGAACGGAAUUCAACGACUUCAAAAACAUUUACCUUUAGAAUGUGAGAUUUGUAACCAAGAAAAAAAAAAUAUUUUUUUUUGUUUUGCGUUUUGGAAUUGUCCGACUUUCACCAAAUGCUGAUCAAAAUAAUUUGUUUUGUAUUCGUGCUUGGACAAUCUUUUCUAAAACCAGUCUCAAGUAUUAAAAAAAUAUCAAAAAUCUUCCACUGUCCAACGGCUCUCUUUUCAGUAUCAUUUUGAAAGUUUUCGGGGUGCAAGGUAGACUUGUGUAAGGUUCAAGACCUCAAGUUCUUUUUUCGAAUUUAGCAGAUUUGCAAAUUUUUUGUUUUCAAGUGUAAUUCGUUUGUUCUUUGAUCGCCGCAACUUGCAACCAAUCUCUUAAACGAAAUCAUUAUGUAUGAAAUGUCGUAAUUUUGUACGCCAAAUUUUAACUUAUUUUUUAUUUUUUUUUAAGUAAUACUUAACCUGCAAUAAUUAGAUAUUUAAACCUCAUUCAUUUAAAAUUAGUUUGAUUACAAAUUAUUUCUUAAUAUAUAUACAUACAUUUAAGCGUACAAUAUGCAUGCCCACAUACAUAUAAUAUGUAUUUUUAAUUACGGCUAUGUAAGUUUCUUUAGCAUCUAAAGUCCAGCGACCCAUAUUUUUUUUUUAAAUUUUCGUGGAUAUAUUUAAAGGUGUGUUCCAACAUUAGAUGUUGAUAUUUUAAGGACCAGCCUAAUAUAUACAUAUGUACAUAUAUUUAAUGCGAUAUAUACAUACGCGAUGUCCAAUCACUUAAAUUGUACUUUAAUAAGUUUUAUGUAGGUUUAGUUACUCCUAGUUUAGUUUUUGAAGCGAUUAAAUUGCUUCUACGUGCCUGCUAUUCUCGGAAGACAUUCCUUUCAUUUUUGUUUUUAAAUUAGUUUGUUUUUAAGUUUCAUAUAGUUAUUCGUAACUUAAUAUAUAGACACAUAUGUAUUAAAUGCAUGUGCUUAAAAUACAUAUGUACAUACAUACAUAUACUUGUGGCUAUUAUUAUGUAAACUCAUAUUGCCUAAAUAAUUAAGUGAAUAAUAAAAAAAUAAACAUAUUUACACACAUUCAAACCUGUAUUCAAUUUGAUUUGUUUUAAUUUUUAUUCUUUAAAUCACAUACAGUUACUCGUGCUUAAAACGACACAUAAGGCUUAACAUAGGAACGUCGUUAAGAAGGCACUGUUUUAUGUAAUAAUUAAGUUUUAAGUUUAGAAGGUUGAAUGCUAUUAAACGUGUACAUUGACUACGGUGCUAGAUGGCCAAUAUAUGAACAUACAUAUGUAUAUGUAAUCACAUUUUCGAAGAAAAUCCUUUCAGCGAAAUUAGUGUCCUCGCAGUCGUCAAAAUAAGAGAAAGAUCUUCCUGGAGCCCGACUUUUUGCUUUUAUGGAGCAAUAACCUUUUCGUGGUCGAUUCUUUACACCUUCUCUCCGCCUUCUAAAAGGAGUUAUACACACAUCAAUUUGUCAAUCAACUUCAAAUAAACUGUUGAGCUGUUCAAAGUCAAACGAUUUUUAUGUUUGUGGCUCCUUAAAAACGGGAUUAUAAAAAUUAUUUGGCCUUAUCAUGAGUUUCAUUUUCGCCGAACCGGUUAAAUUUUCAAUUUUGAUUUCCAUAUAUUUACUAUGGGCGGAAUAAAAAUGUUCGGAUUAUAUUUUAGGACUUUCACCAAAAUAUUUUGGACAAAUUUUUAAAUUUACUUGAGCUGGAACGAUUUGAAAAUUUUGUGUAGUAUGUGAUGUUGUUUCAAUAAAUAUCACUGUGCAACAAUUUCAUAGCCUGGGGGCGGAAUGAUUCCAACUGAGGAUGAACCACCUAGACCCAUAUAGUAAAACCCCCACAAUUUUUUGCGAAAUAAUUCUUAUAAUUGACGAAAGAGUCAUUAACAUCAUUUUUACUUUGGGAAAAAUCUGGAAAACUAUCGCCAGAUUGGCGAUAAAUCGACCAACCUGGCAACACUGUUCUCAGGUCAAGUUUUUUUAUGGCCAUAUUAAGUUUGAAAUUUUUUGCCUGGGUGUUUUUAGAAUAAGUAGAAAUAAGGGUUAAAAUCCAUAUUGGAGCGAAAUAAGUAUAUAGUUUGGGUACAUAUAGUAAAAUUUAACCAGAAAUAAUUUUGUAUAACCCUUUUAACCCAUUAACACUCUCAUGAAAUGGUCGUUUAGGCUACUUUUUUGGAAAGGCUGAAUAAAACGGUAUUUGGUCGAUCGAAGAGGGUUAAAAUGUUGGAAAAAAUCACUAGAAUCAUUCCGGCCCACUGUGUAUCUAAUGGCAUUUUGAGGUGUCAAACAUUUUUAAUUAUUUGUUAUGUUUACACUUACGUAUUAAGUAUAUGCAUUGUGUGUAUAUAAAGCUUCAUACAUAUACAUACUUAUGUACAUACUUACAUUGGACCGUACCACAAAAAAAAAAAAAUUCACUGUACACCUCGGAGUCCAAAGUACGUAUAUUUACAGUCGGAUCUUAAAGUGUGAUAUAUCGAUGUUUUGGUCUCGAGGACACAUUUAUUUUUUUGUUCCAAAGUUCAUUGAUCUCAAGUACGCCAUUCUAGUACAUAUCCACCAGAUCUCAGUUCUUCUCAUCCUAACGUACCGACGUAAUGUCAGUAAUUUAACACUGGAAAGAUGGACAAGGGUAAUUUGACCUAUUUUCAUAUUUGACUCUCAAUAUUUCUUUUGCCAGUUAUUUUUCUAAAUAGGUUUUUCGUGACUUUUAUUAAAAAUGCAUAAAAUUUAACAUAAAAGCCUUCCUAUUUUAUUGAUGUGUUCAAACUUAAACAUUUGAGCAUAUU